UGCUUGUAGUCUUUUCUAAAUUGUAACUUGACUCUUAGGAACAUAAUUUUUUAUUUUGAACAAUAAAAUCUGAAGAAUCUGAAGGGAAUCUGUUAGGAACAUAAAUUAUUUGCCUUUUGAGGAAGAUCAAGACGAUGUAAUACACGAAUAUUAAUCUCUCAAAUAUAUGGACAAAUAACAAAAUAAUUCUUCUAUAAGCUGAUACUACUAACUUGCGUAAUUACCCUCCUGUCAAACUGAAAAAAGUGGCAGUGAUAGUGGCGGACUUCUCUAAAAACCACUCCUUUUAAUAAACCUAAAUUAAAGAUUCCCAACUUCAACAAAACCAGUCUCUUCAACUUCCACUUCUCUCUCUAGCUCUUUGUUUGAGUGAAAGUUACAAUGUUGAGAUCCGCCCAAGCCACACUAAGAUCAUGCACAUCCAGGCGUCUGAGUGCUCGAUCGUACUCAUCAGAGUCUCAACCUGAGAGAAAAGUUGCAAUCUUGGGGGCAGCUGGAGGUAUUGGUCAGCCAUUGGCUUUACUUAUGAAGUUGAACCCACUAGUUUCUUCUCUUUCCCUUUAUGAUAUAGCUAACACUCCUGGUGUUGCUGCUGAUGUUAGCCACAUCAACUCUCGCGCCCAGGUUUCAGGGUAUGCAGGUGAAGAACAGCUAGGACAAGCAUUGGAGGGAUCUGACAUUGUGAUUAUUCCAGCAGGUGUUCCAAGAAAACCUGGAAUGACUCGUGAUGAUCUAUUCAACAUCAAUGCGGGGAUUGUUAAAUCUUUAUGCACAGCCAUAGCCAAAUACUGCCCCAAUGCACUGGUUAAUAUGAUAAGUAACCCAGUGAAUUCAACAGUGCCGAUAGCUGCAGAAGUUUUCAAGAAAGCAGGGACAUAUGAUGAGAAGAAGCUGUUUGGUGUCACUACACUUGAUGUCGUCAGAGCUAAAACUUUCUAUGGUGGAAAGGCUAAAGUGGCUGUGGCUGAGGUUGAUGUGCCUGUGGUUGGUGGUCAUGCUGGCAUAACCAUUCUCCCUCUCUUCUCUCAGGCCACACCAAAGUCCAAUGGUUUGUCAAAUGAGGACAUAAAGGCGCUUACUAAGAGAACACAGGAUGGGGGAACAGAAGUGGUGGAAGCAAAAGCAGGAAAAGGAUCUGCAACUCUUUCAAUGGCCUAUGCAGGAGCUGUCUUUGCUGAUGCUUGUUUAAAGGGGCUUAAUGGAGUUCCAGAUAUUGUUGAAUGCGCUUUUGUGCAAUCAAGUGUCACUGAAUUACCUUUCUUUGCCUCUAAGGUAAGGCUGGGAAAGAAUGGUGUGGAAGAAGUGCUCGACUUGGGUCCUCUUUCUGACUACGAAAAACAAGGUCUUGAAAGCCUCAUACCGGAGCUCAAAGCUUCUAUAGAGAAGGGAGUAAAGUUUGCCAACCAAAGUUAGCCACUGAUAAAUUCUGUAAAACUAUGAGUGAUGCUUGGGAUUUUUGUAUUCCAAGAGAGUUUAUGUACUCUGCGAAAAUUUGUAUUGGUGGGCCAAUAGCAUGAAUGUAAGCUAAAGCAUUAAUGACUAAGAAAGGCAAUAAAUAAGCUUCUUUAAUCUGC